ACUGGCCCGAGACUGUACGUAUCGUAGAAGAAACAAUUGGGAUUCGCACUGGAAGUUGUUCUUCGCAUCGACAUCGACUUAAUAUAAACCGGCUAUUUUAAACCUUCCUUGUUCUACAUGUAUAUAUACGCAACCCCAUUAUAGUUUGAUAGUUUAAUGCCGCGAGUGCCGCCGUGGAUAAAGAUACCUUCAUACGGGUCGGUUGUGAAACCGGUGACCAUGGACGACUUAGACAGAGAGCAGCUGUCUAUGUUGAAGUCCACAUUCGAUGUCUUCGAUGUUGACAGAAAGGGGUACAUUGAAGCCGAUAUGAUUGGAACAGUAAUGGACAUGUUGGGAACACACGUUUCGGCAGAUGAGCUUGAUAAAAUCAUAACUGAAAUCGAUGAAGACAGCAACGGUGAAAUCAACUUCGAAGAAUUCGCUAACUUGGCAGCUAGAUUUUUGGUCGAAGAUGACGAAGAUACAGAAGCUAUUCAGGUUGAACUGAAGGGAGCCUUCAGACUAUACGACAAAGAAGUACGAGGUUACCAAGAGGCUGCUGGUGAAAGCUGCUAUAGUUUUGCACUGGAGUAUUCAGAGGGGCGCUUUGGGGCUCAAGCUACCCUUCCCCCCAGAACCCCACGGCUCAAUAUAUUUUUUCUUAGAAAAUCCAAGGGCGGCUUCAGCCCCCUCCCUUUGGGCAAAUCGAGAUUGAUCACUAAUGUUUCUGACCCCAUAUCAGAAGUUCUGGUGCAGAAGACCUCUCCCCCUCUUUUAAUUUAUCUCCGAUACCUGCCGCUCGAGACAAACAUUUUCCUGGACACCAGAAAAAAUAAUGGACCUAAGGACUACACUGAUGGUGCUAAAAGUGGAAGCAUGCUUUGGAGGCAACCCACUUAUGAAGUUGAACAGACGAGAAUGGAGAAUAUCGAAAAUUAAUUAUGCUUUGCAAGCAUUUUAUGGGGCAUUUCUGAUUGUAGGAACGGGAUUUCUAGUUUCAGAUCUCUUAGAGGAUGAGUUUCUUCCAUAUGGGUAUCGGCGGUCACAACAGAAUUAAUCUUCAGACUUUCAAUGUUUCUCACUUACGCAAGAAAUGUAAUAAACAGCAGAUGUUUUUCCAGCAUGCUUGAAGAUGUUUGUUCUGCUUAUAACUUUGAUUCGAAUAUAAUAUCCGCAAAAAUAAGAUACAAAGCUUGGGCUAUUCCUAUGGGAUUACAGCUUUUCA